AUGUCAUAAACUACAUCUCCAGCCAUAUUAAAAGCUCUGUCAGCGAUAGUUAAUGAUUCCCUGAAUUAUGUGAGUCUUAUAGAGUACAUGGAGGAGCAAUACUACCUUGUCCUAGGUAGAUUUUCAUUUUAUUUCAUCAAGAAUGAUCUAAGUCUUUGCUAGGCAUCAAUUAAAUAUGCUCAUUUAGAAAAAUGUCUCACAGAUGAGAAGAAAGUUUCAUUGGUAUAAAUUUAGUUAAGUGAUAAUAGAGAUCCUACUCAUCCUUAAAAGCUUAACAUUUACUCUCAAGAUAGGAUUACAUUAAUUGAUUCAUUUAUUUGCUAUUGGCAGAUAGAUUAUAUGUAUAGGUAUAGAACAUUCGCCAAAUUUCCACUAUUGCUAAGACAGAAGAUUGAUAUAAAAGGAAAAGAUUUUUCAAAUAUUAGCUCGAGUAGGCAUCAAUCGAAGAUACCUUCUAAAAUUUUGGCACCACCUGUAGGAUAUAAGGCAUUAGAGUUUAAAGGCUACAAGUUUUUCAUCCCUAAAUUAUUCAUUAGAAAGAAAGGAAAAGAAUCAGAAUAUAUAAAUGUUGAAUAAAAAGAAAAUGUGGUUGUACAGAUAUCAGAUUGUAGUCCUAUAGACAAUCUUUGUAAAAUGCCAGAUUAUAGAAAAGAUAUUUAGGAGUUCGCUUAAAAUUUAGCUAUGAGUAGAAUUGAUGCAAAAACUUAGUAUUAUAUAAUGGCUAGCAAGCCUUAUAUUAAAAAGUAUAAUCUUACUUCAGAUAAAGCAUAGAUUAAUUGUUGGGAUGUACAUAUUAGAACUCAUGUUUUUGACCUCUUUGUUACUGUCCACAGAAGGAAAUACAUUCCUCCUUUAAUGGAAGUUUUCUAGGAUAUUGUGGUCAUCUCUAUAUUUGAUUUUCAUAAUGAGCAUGGACACGUUGGAGAAUAUAGAUCAUCAGAUAACUUUUUUUAAAUGGUUCACCAUCUCAUUGUUGACUCAAUAUAUCCAAUUCAAAGACAAAAUCUGAUCUACAAAAACAUUAUAGAGGAAAGAUCAAAUGCACUAUUAAUGGAUGAAGACACAAUGAAUUUUUAUCAUUACAAUCUAAAUAUACAGCCAAUAGGUAUAACUUAUGCAGUUAAUUAUCUUAGGAGUAUUCUUUCCAUUCUUUCAAGAUACAAUGGUGAAUAUCCAAAGGAAUUAAAUAGAUAGCUGAAAAACAUGAAGUUAGUCCGGAAAGAUGAAUACAUUGAAAAGCCACCAGGUGUCAUUGUAAGUAACUUUGAAGAAGUUUCUUUCCGUGCUAAGGAUAAUAGUAACUGGACUUAAAAGAUAGCAAGAUAUCUUUCACAUAUACUUAAUGGAGGACUCCUAUAGUCUCAAUUUACUUUUUAGACCUUCAUAAAAAUGAUUUAAAACGUAACUGAAUCUUAAGACGAAAUGAACCUUAAGGAUGAAUUAGUUUAUCUCCUACAUAUUAGAGAGAAAAAUAGGGGUUUUCAACGAACAGGCGAGCCAAUCACAACUAUUAUCAAGAAUUUUAUUGGUUCCAAUGAGCCAUAAAUGUAUAAUGAGAAUGUCCUAAUAGUUAUGAUUGAGAGUGGAUACUUGCAACAAGAGUUCAGUUUUUUGAAUCCUAAGGAUUACCCAGAUUUUCUUAUUCAUAUACUGAAGUCAAGUGAAAGAAUUAAGGUAAAAGAAGCAGCAUGCAGAAAGAUCAUCAAGCUUUUUGCUGAGAAAAAAAAGGAAAAUGGAGGUAAAGGGCCAACAACUCCGGGGGGUGGUGUAACUGCUGGUGGACCAAAGCAUACAAAUGGAGGACCAUCAAUGAAAAAAGCAGAUGAAAGUAGCAAAAUAGAGUUCAUAAAUCUUGUAGAGCCAUUAAUUAAUACAAUGAAAACUGGCAACUACAAUUUGGCAUCUCUAUCAACUUAGGCUUUAGUGAAUUUAUGUAAUUAUAGCGAUGAUAUCAAGGAUAUUUUCAUUCAAAAAUAAGGAUUAAAUGCCAUUCUAGAGUACUUAACUUGUAAAGAGGAGGAUACUUUGCUGAACAUAUUAAAACUACUUCAGGCACUCAUAAACAAAUCAGAAACCAUUGGUAAAUAAAUUAGUGAAGAAAAUAAUAAUGAGUGUGUCCAUUCACUUUUAAGGAUACUCUAGGGUCCGGAUAUUCCUAUGACUAAAUUCAGUUUGAAAAUUACUUUUUUGGCACUUUAAAUACUUAGAGCAUUAAUACAAUAUUCAUUGAAUGCUAAAUCUUUAUUUAUCGAUAAUGCUGGUGCUAUUGAAGCUGUAAUAAAAUUGAUAAGAAUUGAUUAAAUUUUGACUAUUAAUGAAGUAAUGGAAAUGAGCAUUUACUCUUUCUUAACACAAAUGGUUAGAGAGGAGAACGACUAUAAGCGUAUAAUAGGCAAGAAAGUAUUGCCUAUAUGCAAUGAAAGACUUUAAAGAAAUAGUGAAAUACCUUUGACUGGAAGUAUGGAGCUUAAGUUCUUCAAAAUGAUGAGUGUAUUGGUUAAAAACUGCAAGGAAAAUAUCUAUAUUGUGAAGGGUAUGAAAGAUAGGUUAACAAACUAUCUCAGCAAUGAUGCCAAAGAGCUUAGAAUUAAAAAUAAGAUUUAUCAUAUUAUAUCAGUAGUAGAAAGUUUCGAUGAAUGA